UCCCGCAGCAGCAGCAGCAGCAGCAGCAACCACCGUUUUCCAAAUUCGUCAACUAUGCGUAAUAAUUCCUCCACGCGUGUUCAUUCCUGGAUGUAUCAUUUACUACGGUUAUACUUACAUUAGUGUGGUUUUUUUUAUUUUAUUUUGAAUUAUUAGUAUUAUUUUAUUUCUUAGUCGUACGUAUUUGGAGUUUUAGGUGAGCACGAUGUGCGUACUUUUGCGAGGAUUGUGCCACCGGGAGUGAAUUGGGCAAAUAUGCGCCGCUGCAGGGAAAUGAUUUUGACCCGAGAGGCUUAUGGAAUAUAGCAGCCCGGUGUGUCACAGCCCGCACGCCCUCUGCUCCAGCCCCGUGAAGAAGAAACUACUCCUGCUCAGCAUCAUGUUUUUAGUCUGGGUUUACAUGCUCUACUCCUGCGUGGGCUACUGCUCCACUAUGCCAAGUUUGGUGGUGGACGGUUACCGGGGCAGGGAGACUGGCGCGGCGGUGGCCAAGAGGACAGAGAGCGGCGGCACGGACCUGGUGUCCCGGCUGAUGUCCAAACCGCAGCCGUGGGAGGAUAUAGAGAGCGACUACGAGGAGCCGUCCAUCCGCACCGCUGCGUCCAGGGAUCUGCUUGACGACGAGCUGGACGCGGACAGAGGCGACGAGACGUGGGACGAGGUGCGCGGCGCAGAACAGCAGCAGAGAGCGCCGGAGCCCAGCGCCAUGUCCAGCUUCUCCAACGGCUCCGGGAGCAAGAAGAUGCCGCAGGCGAUCAUCAUCGGCGUGAAGAAAGGAGGAACCCGGGCUCUGCUGGAGUUUCUCCGGGUUCAUCCUGAUAUCAGAGCCGUGGGAGCCGAGCCGCACUUCUUCGACCGCAACUAUGACAACGGGCUGGAGUGGUACAGAGAGCUGAUGCCCAAGACCCUGGAGGGCCAGAUCACCAUGGAGAAAACGCCCAGUUACUUUGUGACCAGAGAGGCUCCAGCCAGGAUCUCCGCCAUGUCUCGGGACACUAAGCUGAUCGUGGUCGUGAGGGACCCGGUCACCAGAGCUAUCUCAGACUACACACAGACACUGUCUAAGAAGCCUGACAUUCCCUCUUUCGAGAGCCUCACCUUCAAAAACAGGACUACGGGGCUCAUCGACACCUCGUGGAGCGCCAUCCAGAUUGGCAUCUACGCCAAGCACCUGGACAACUGGCUGCAGUAUUUCCCCAUGGAGCAGAUCCUGUUUGUGAGCGGCGAGCGUCUCAUCAGCGACCCAGCGGGGGAGCUGGGCCGCGUGCAGGACUUCCUGGGCCUCAAGAGGAUCAUCACUGACAAACACUUUUAUUUUAACCAGACCAAGGGUUUCCCGUGCCUCAAGAAGGCCGAGGGCAGCAGCAAGCCUCACUGCCUAGGAAAAACCAAAGGGAGGACCCAUCCCAACAUUGACCCAGAGGUGGUGCAGAGGCUGCGGGACUUCUACAGGCCAUUUAACAUGAAGUUCUACCAGAUGACGGGACAUAACUUUGGUUGGGAUUGAUGUGAAGGUCAUGAGAGUCAUUGUUAAAUUGUUGAGAAGUUUUUUGUUGUUUUUUUCCUCUGUAAUUCAAUGGCAAGAUGUGGAGAUAUUGCUAUAAAUAUAUAUAUGUAAAAUGUACAGAAAUCUAUUUUAUAAUAAUUUAUUUUUAUUUCUAAGCAAUUAAUUCACUAAGCUGCCUAACCAUAUCUGUACAUAACAUCUGACCCACAUCUCUUUUUUUUUUCUUUUUUUUUUAACAUUCCUCAUUUUAACUCUGAUUUCUCUCGCUCCUGUCUCGCGGUCCUGUAAACUCAGUGGAUGUAACGGUGCUUCGUGAAUGCAGCGAUAACGGAAGAAGAUACUGGGGUGGAACAUGCAGAGGCACCGCAAUACGGGUACAGAGUGCUCACAAAGAGGUGGAGAACACAAAUCCAUGUGCGCCCUCAUUCAUAUAUGCAUUGCAGUUUCACUUUAAUCUUUCUUUUAAACCCCGCCCUUGCGAGUGUAAUUCUUCUAUGACGGUGUUUCACUGAAAUACAAACCUCUGCAGAUCUCCUGCCCCCUUCCACUCAGCCACAUGUAGAUCAAUAGGUCUAAUUGAUCCUCAUUGUGUCACUCAUACUUAAAGUAUACAGCUGCCCUUUCAUUCUCAGUGCUCCUGCUGUCUGAUUUAAUGAAUGGCCCAUCCAUCAAAUGUUAAAUCUGAUCUCACAUCCAUAUCCGGGCCCAUGUCAACGUAAUGCUAAUUGGGUAAAGGUAACUGGAAGAUCAAUCGAGGCUUUGCUAACUCCCCAUUAGAAGCCGUGUUGGCUGUGAGGCCAGAACUCAUGCCCAAUCCAUUCAGUUCAAAGGUCACACCAAGUCCCGGUCAGUGGAUCUGCAGAGGCGGAGCACAGCGGGACGGGAGGUGGCGCUUUAAGGCGGGCGGUCUUUGCGCGAGGUAGCGGAGGCAUGUCUUUGAGAGCUCGAGUGUGAAGAUAGAAACAAAGAUGACAGACAAACAACAACUUGGCUUCACCUCACUGGAAAAAAACAAAAACAACGCUCGCUCAUACAAGCUCCAUCUCAGAUCCCACACUUUUAAAGCGAUCAAAGGGAGAGGGAGGGUUUUUUUUUUUUGGUGAAGCACUCUCAGCACAGCAAGAAUUGCCUCAGGCGGGGUAUUCAUUGUCUAACCUGUCUGAUGUCACCAGAGAUCCUCACGUGCCAACGUCCCAUGGUCAAUGUACUUUAUGCCUUAUUCACCGCCGCCAUCCUCACAUGUUGCAUCUCUCCACCACAGAUCUCAACUCUCAAGUUGUUGCCAAAAAAAAAAAAACCCCUCUGAGUUGAUAUCGUGUUUCACUACCCCUGCCACCCCCGCUGUUUCGUCUUUGUUUUUGUCUUUCUGCUUGAAUUCUUGAUAUGCAAGAGGGAGAAAAUACGUUGAUAUGGCUCUUUGAAGUGCUGCUCCAUCUCGCUGCACACUAUAUCGGCAGGCAGCCGCGCUAUGCAUGUUCAGUGGUGUAGCUGUGGUGACAAUGCAGGGAUAAAUAUGGAAGGGUCCAAAGGAUGUGCUUCAUUUGCCCACGCGGGGCCCAGAGUGAAUGUACACAACAUGUCCUCUCACAUUUAAGUCCCUCAAAUCACUUUUAAAGGUCAGAUUGUCACUCAGCUUUAGUUCAAUUUGAUUGUUUUUGCUUUUGAAGCGAAGGAAAACAUUGUGCCUCUGUUACUACCCUGUACAACACAGUUGGCCUGCUUGUGUCAUUCAAACAGAUUGUGACCUCCAACCUUCCAUAUGAAAGCAGCUUCCUGGUUUAACCUCAAACCAAUGGCAGCAGGGGAGAUGGAGGCUCUUAACACUGUACUCUUUCGUAGCGCUUUCUUCCCUUCAUUCUACCUACGAGCGAGAAUUUGGAGCCUUCGUCUUCCCUCCUCUCAUUAGUGCAAUGUUUGAUGACAAAAAAUAAAAGCAUUUAUGGUGACCUGUUGCUACAUUUGUUAUGGUUGAGUUUUAUUCAACCUCUCUUGAGCUCUAAACAAUGUUAGAAAUAUUCGUCUUACCCACAUAUAAUAUGUAUUUAGACUAGCAGAUCUGUAUGUACAGAAAUGAGAACAACAUGUAAAUCAAGUAUUUUGUGGUAUGUACAUCAAAGGAAUUAAUUUUACACAAUGCAAACGCAGAAUGGAACAGAUGUUUCUAGAUGAUUAAAUACUGAACAUUCAUAAUAUUUCUUUGUAUGAAGAAAUAAAUAAAAAAAAAGUAUAUAUUUUACCAAA